AUGACUUUAUCUGUUACAUUAGCUAUUGGAUAUCUUACCGUACCAUUUGUCAUCAAAAGCUCAACGCAAGCACUCACAGCAGAGGAAGAGGAAGAAAGAGAGCUAGGCACGCCUCAAUGGACAUUUGGCAACACCAUCAGUAUAUCUUGCUUUGUUCAGUCUCCACCCAACAUAUACCCUACACUCGAAAAGCAUGUAUUACAGCUAGCUCCAUCAUCUCAUCACUUUGAAGAAGAAACAGUGAUAUUACUCUCUCAGGCAUUCAAACAAAACAAAACAUCUACAGGCAAGGCAACACAUGGCCUCAUCAACAUAUCAUCAGAUCUGCUGGGCAUCUUGUCUUGUACAGAUCAAACCACAGUGUUUACAUUGCAGAUUGUUCAGUUUGACCAUGCAUCGAAAGACCCUCUGCAAGUCAAAAGUUACAUGGCUCCAGAUGUGAACACUGUGCCUGACAUGGAGCAGUGUGCAAAGCCUGUCGAAAUCAUGGAAUUAUGUCAAAUGUGGCCCAACUCGCAACCGCAGCUCAUUCAUCUGGCAAUGCAAGUCUACCAUAUGGGCAGUCUGUACGGAUAUUGGGAUUACUGGCGCGUAUUUGAAGGCAUUUGUGAGAGACAUCAGAUAUCAGCAAAUCAACUUGUGAAUAGCAAAUAA